AGGCAAGGGGCUGAGCAGCGCCGUCGAUUUUGUUGGUAGCAUCGGCAUCGACGGCAGCGGUGGCCAGAGGUCUGGAAGCCUUCUUGGCGGGCGAGGGCGAGGGCGAGGCAGCCGCGGCAAGGAGAGGCGACGAGUGCGAUGGCGAUCCUGGCGACGGCAGCAGCAGGCCAUUGUGAUCCAGCUUGAUCGAUUCGCCGGGGAGGAUGCUGAUCGCGGGCCUGUUGUGCGGCACCAUGGAGCAUUUCUUGGAUUGGUGCCCUCCCGUGGGGGAGGAGGAGGAGGAGGACAGCUUGAGCUCUGCGGCGGUGUGGGCGACGGCGUCGUGGCGAGACGAGGGCACCAGAGAGCCCGAUGGAGCCGAUCCAAACAGAUCUGCGAAGAAUCCCCCGGAAUCACCUGCUGGACCUACCAGGCGAGGAGCAUUGGGAACGAAAUCCAUCUUUUCCUCUCGGGAUUGACGAACUGAUCGAUCGCUCGCUUCUCUCAAGCUUGAUCUUCCCAAAGAGACUAUGACGUGCACGGAUCUGUCCAACGUGGCAAGGACGUGGCAGUGUAGCAGCACGCGGCGGCGGUUCGAAUCCCAGCACUAGCAAAUAGUCCGACGUGGACACGAUGUGACAACACAGCCCGAUAUGGCGCCAUGGUGGACACGACGUGGCAGUACGACCAAGUACUGCUCUAGAAAAACUACGUGCGUUGUCUGCCUCGUUCAUGGCACAUCGCUCGCAAGUGUCACAAAACCAAAGAGAGGAUCACCGCCGUUUCAUCCCCAGACCGGAAUUUUGCGAUGAUCUUAGCGCUGGUUGCAAGCAUUCUUCUGGCGAUCCAAGCACUCGCAGUAGCAGCAGUUUAUAGUUCUUCUUACUCCACUCCAUCCAGAUACAAAGGAGGCCUCUGGAGAUAUGCUCACGCGACCUUUUACGGAGAAUACGACGCUCUCGAAACCAUGGGAGGAGCUUGUGGAUACGGGAACCUGUACUCGCAAGGAUACGGCACUGAUACCACUGCACUGAGCACCGUCCUCUUCAACAGCGGCUAUGGUUGUGGAGGCUGCUACGAGAUAUCUUGUACACAGUCCAAGCAUUGCUAUCCCGGCUCCACCAUCGUCACUGCCACCAAUCUCUGUCCGCCAAACUGGUAUAAACCAUCCAACAAUGGUGGCUGGUGUAAUCCCCCGCGAAUCCACUUUGACAUGUCCAAGCCUGCCUUCUCGAAGAUUGCCUACUGGAGAGCCGGAAUAGUUCCUGUUCGCUACAGAAGGGUGCCUUGUCGGAGGAAAGGUGGGAUCAAGUUCGAGCUCAAAGGCAAUCGCUGGUGGCUCAUUGUCUUCGUGAGCAACGUUGGAGGGCCUGGCGACAUCAAAAGAAUGGCUGUUAAAGGAUCCAAAACUGGCUGGUUACCAAUGUCACGCAACUGGGGAGUUGGAUUCCAGGUUUUCAAAUCGCUCCAUGGCCAAAGCCUUUCUUUCAUGGUCACCUCCUUCACGACUGGAAAAACUGUGACGGCAUACGACGUUGUCCCUGCUAACUGGAGAAUCGGCCAAGCGUAUUCUGGUGGUCAGAUGGUAUGAUCUCCAUCACCUUCGGUU